AUGGCGACUACACAGACAGAAACGCGGUUUUCCAGCCUAUUGUCAAGAGAGAAGGCAGCUACAGACGAACAGCCGGUCCACCUCUCCUUGUGUGGAAUCGAGGUGCCUAGUGCCGGCCCUGAUCGUGGAGCGACCGAUGACGACAUCUGGAGAACAGCUGAGGGAAGGGUUGCAGGUACACCUCAUCCCAAGGACGACGCUCGCAAGAUUGUCGGACACAUCAAAAACCGUUUCAACGGCUCGAGCCUGUCUGGAAGCGGCAGCCGUCUGCUCAAACUAGCAGACGACAUCACCACCGACAUCACAGAUGCCACCUCCGGCAGCGAGCCGGCGCGCCUGAAAGUGGCCACAGCAGCGCUCGAACUGGCAGCCGCUGUCCGCCCUCCGUCCGAUGCCAUCAUGUCCCUCUUUGCCAACAUGUCUGUCGUCUCCGCCGUCAGACUGUUCCAGCACUGGGGUGUGUUUGACAUGCUACCCACAUCACCCCCAACCCAAGGGACUGCCUGCUGCGAUAUCGCCAGACAGAUCAAUGCGGAAGAAGGGAUAGUCUCAAGGAUAUCAACCAUGCUCACCUCCUCCCGCAUUCUCUCUCUUACACACAACGGAGAGCUCUGUCACACACCAACCUCGUUGUUGCUGCGAUCGUCGGAGCCGAUGGCGGCCAUGUUUGACUUGAUGUAUACCAAUAUCGUGCGGGUGUCUGACAUUUUGCCUUGUUACUUUGACACCUACGGGAAAAAGGAACCGGUGGGGCCGGGCCAUGUCCCUGUUACGGUGUUGACGGGGGAGGCGGAGUUGGGGUACUUUGAGAGUGUGGCUAAGGACGAGGAGAGGAUGAGGGGUUUCACGAGGGCGAUGGGGGUUGCGUCGGGGAGGGUGCCGGUGACGGGAGUUUAUCCUCUUGGGAAGAUGCUGGAUGGUGUGGAGGAGGAGGACGAUGGGAGGGUGAUGUGGGUGGAUGUUGGUGGGGGUGGGGGGCAUGUGCUGAGGCGGUUCAGGGAGGGUUGUGCCGGUUUGAGGGAUGGGAGAUGCGUGGUGGUUGAUUUGGCGGGAGUGGUUGAUCAGGGAAGGAUGGAGGCGGAAGGGGAUGAGCUGAUGAUGGCGGUGGAGUGGGUGGAGGGGGAUUUCAUGAGGGAGAUGACAGUGAAAGGGGCAAGGUUUUAUUACCUGAGGCAUAUUCUACGGGACUACUCGGAUCCAAUAGCAACGCUGAUCUUGAGGAAUGUGGCACGGGCGAUGGGCCGGGAUAGUAGGAUUUUGGUUUCCGAGCAGAUCAACCCUGAUGGUGGUGGUACGACGGGGAGACCGAUGCCCCUGUAUGCUGCCUUCAAGGACUACUCUAUGCUUGCUAUUGGUGGGAAGGAGAGGACGUUGACUCAGUUUGAGAGAAUUGGGAAAGAGGCUGGGCUGAGGGUUGAGGCGGUGUAUAGGGAUAUCAUCAUGAAACUCUCAACACUUCUUCUAACCACCGUCAUGGCUCUAGCCACGGCCCUCCCCAGCCCCUCUGAGGCUUCUACAGAAGCUAUUCGGAAUGCCGAGGCGGAUGCCACCUCUGCGAGUCCCGAAGAACUCGAGGCUCUGGGUAUAAUCCAAUGGCAAGCAGCAGGAGGGAUGCAAACGCGGCUGGAAUAGUUCGACAUGUCCGCAGACGUGCAGGAACGAGGCAGAUGCCGGCCGGGGCCCGAACCGAAAGGCUGUACACAUCAGCAUCAGUGAUGAUGGGUGUUUUUUUGGUUGGACUACUUUUAACUGUACUUGCGAGAACUGAUUUUGAGUUUUAUGGAAGUGAUGGGCAGUAUUGAUUGUAUUUGGCAAAGAGUUAUCCAACAUUUCUCUUGUCAAUUUAUCUGAUGGAGGUAAUUUGCUUGAAAAUUGAAGUAGUUUCAACUUUG